CAUACAUGGUACUUACGCCGCCACGUUCAGCAGCACAACUAUUCUCGAUAUGGAUUACCAAGCUCCCACAGGAGGUGCCGGUGGCCGUGGCUGCUACAACUGUACGUAUCAUCUCUGUUCGCAUUCAGACGCCAGCUCCAUUGUCUGUCUGUCUGUCUGUCUGUCUGUCCGCCUGGUCCACCCGUUUGUGAGCCAACGUCAUGAGCUCCAACCGGACACGGAACCCAUGCCCCCCACAUCAUGUGACUUGCCCACCAGCCUUGCAACUCCCGACGUCGCAUUCGCCAUCCGACACUGCCACGCUUUUAUACCCGACGACGACUUCUUGGUUACGUUUCUUAUUACCGCCGCUGUGCUUUGA